AUGGAUUCCAGCGAGCCGAGACGGAGUCCUGCGGCCGGGAUCUGCUCAUCAACGGCGCCUCUCCUGCAGGCCAGUCCGGCCCUGGGGCUGCGGGCCCCGCCUGUCCUCCCCACCCUCCCCGGCCAAGGCCAGGGCCACUCAGUACCUGAGAAAAACACAGCGCUGCGUCAGACCCCCUGCAGCUAUCCAGGCCGAGACACCGCUUCCGGGAGUUUGAAUCCCGCGGCUGCAGGGCGGGACGCGUCACUGCCGGCUGGGAGAAGGGCGGGGCCUGCAAUCUGUGGCGGGAGAGGGCGGGGCCUGCAAUCUGAGGCGGGAGAGGGCGGGGCCUGCAAUCUGAGCGAGGGCGAGGCGGGGCCGGAGGAUGGAGGAGAGAAAGGGCCCAGGAAGUACCUGGGCAUUGACUCAACAAUUCCCGUUCCACACAGCAGGGGACGCUUCUUGGCAGCUUUUAAAAAGUCUUUGGUGUUGCUGAGGGGGCGUGUCCAACAGCACGAGAAGAAAAGUUCGUCCCAAAUCCACCGCGGCUUCAUUACUUUUUGUGGUGGUGUGCUCCUUCGGGUCCACAUUUUCGGAAUUCAUAAGCCGUGCCUGCGGCCCUGCGUGGACUCCGGGAGUGUGGGUAUCAGUUUACACGUGGCCUUCAGCUGGCGGAGGACUCAGCGCCAGCACCGCGUCUUCUCCUCCGCCGCUUUGCUCUCUCGAAGAGCCAUGCUUCGAGUGAUUGUGGAAUCUGCCACUAACAUCCCUAGAACGAAAUUUGGGAAACCGGAUCCUAUCGUUUCUGUCAUUUUUAAGGGCUACAGUGAAUACUGCAUCUAUGAAGAGUGGGACCGGCUUACCAAAAAUGAUGUAGUUGGGACAACGUAUCUGUACCUUUCUAAAAUUGCCUCCUCUGGGGGAGAAGUAGAAGCAAAUACAGGAGAGACAGAGUUGGGCUUUGUCCCAACAUUCGGACCUUGUUAUUUGAACCUUUACGGAAGCCCCAGAGAGUACACAGGAUUCCCAGAUCCCUAUGAUGAACUGAAUACAGGAAAGGGAGAAGGGGUAGCCUACAGAGGCAGGAUCUUGGUUGAACUGAGCACUUUCCUUGAAAAGAAACCACCAGAAAAGAAGCUCGAGCCCAUUUCAAAUGAUGACCUUCUGGUUGUUGAGAAAUACCAGCGAAGGCGGAAGUACAGCCUGUCUGCUGUGUUCCAUUCAGCCACCAUGUUGCAAGAUGUUGGCGAGGCCAUUCAGUUUGAGGUCAGCAUUGGGAACUAUGGCAACAAGUUUGAUGCAACCUGUAAGCCUUUGGCAUCAACGACUCAGUACAGCCGUGCAGUAUUUGAUGGUAACUACUAUUACUACUUACCAUGGGCCCACACAAAGCCGGUGGUCACCCUGACGUCCUACUGGGAGGAUAUUAGUCAUCGCCUGGAUGCAGUGAACACUCUGCUAGUCAUGGCAGAGCGGCUGCAAUCAAACAUAGAGGCUGUAAAAUCAGGGAUCCAAGGAAAAAUUCCUGCAAACCAGUUGGCUGAGCUGUGGCUGAAGUUGAUAGAUGAAGUUAUAGAAGACACGAGAUACACCUUGCCUGUCACAGAAGGAAAAGCUAAUGUCACAAUUCUGGAUACUCAGAUCCAAAAGUUGCGGUCCAGGUUUCUCUCGCAGAUACAUGAGGCAGCUAUGAAGAUGAGGUCGGAAGCCACAGAUGUGAAAUCCACCUUGUUGGAAAUCGAGGACUGGCUUGAUAAAUUAAUGCAACUUACUGAAGAGCCUCAGAACAGCAUGCCUGACAUUAUCAUCUGGAUGAUCCGUGGAGAGAAGCGACUAGCUUAUGCACGGAUUCCUGCCCAUCAAGUCUUAUACUCCACCAGUGGCGGGAACGCAUCUGGGAAAUACUGUGGGAAAACCCAAACCAUCUUUCUGAAGUAUCCACAAGAAAAAACCAAUGGGCCCAAAGUGCCUGUGGAGCUUCGAGUGAAUAUCUGGCUGGGUUUAAGUGCUGUGGAGAAGAAGUUCAAUAGCUUUGCUGAAGGCUUAUUCACCGUCUUCGCUGAAAUGUAUGAAAACCAAGCCCUCAUGUUUGGGAAGUGGGGCACCUCUGGACUGGUGGGACGUCACAAGUUCUCUGAUGUCACAGGAAAAAUAAAACUCAAAAGAGAAUUCUUUUUACCUCCCAAAGGCUGGGAGUGGGAAGGAGACUGGGUAGUUGACCCCGAAAGAAGCCUCCUGACUGAGGCUGACGCAGGUCACACGGAGUUCACGGAUGAAGUCUACCAGAAUGAGAUUCGCUAUCCCGGAGGCGAGUGGAAGCCGGCGGAGGACGCCUAUACCGAUGCGAAUGGAGAUAAGGCGGCAUCACCCAGCGAACUUACUUGCCCUCCGGGUUGGGAGUGGGAAGAUGACGUGUGGAUAUAUGACAUAAACCGGGCAGUGGAUGAGAAAGGCUGGGAGUAUGGAAUCACCAUUCCUCCUGAUAAUAAACCCAAAUCCUGGGUUGCAGCAGAGAAAAUGUAUCACACUCACAGAAGGCGGAGACUGGUCCGAAAACGCAAGAAAGAUCUGACACAGACGGCUUCUAGUACUGCGAGGGCCAUGGAAGAACUUGAAGACCGGGAGGGCUGGGAAUACGCUUCCUUAAUCGGCUGGAAAUUCCACUGGACACAGCGCAGUUCAGACACCUUCCGCCGCAGACGCUGGAGGAGGAAAAUGGCUCCGUCAGAAACACACGGUGCAGCUGCCAUCUUUAAACUUGAAGGUGCCCUUGGCGCAGACACCACAGAGGAUGGAGAUGAGACGAGCCUGGAAAAGCACAAGCACAGUGCCACCACUGUGUUUGGAGCGAACACUCCCAUUGUUUCCUGUAAUUUCGACAGGGUCUAUAUAUACCACCUGCGCUGCUACAUUUAUCAAGCGAGGAACCUCUUGGCUUUGGACAAAGACAGCUUUUCAGAUCCAUAUGCUCACAUCUCCUUUCUCCAUCGAAGCAAAACCACCGAGAUCAUCCACUCCACCCUGAACCCCACCUGGGACCAAACAAUUAUAUUUGAUGAGGUUGAAAUCUUCGGGGAACCCCAAACAGUUCUACAGAACCCACCCAAAGUUGUCAUAGAGCUUUUCGACAAUGACCAAGUGGGCAAAGAUGAAUUUUUAGGGCGAAGCACUUGCUCUCCUUUGGUCAAACUGAACUCAGAGACAGACGUCACGCCUAAGCUUCUCUGGCAUCCAGUUAUGAAUGGAGACAAGGCUUGCGGGGAUGUUCUUGUAACAGCAGAGCUCAUCCUGAGGAACAAGGAUGGCUCCAACCUCCCCAUUCUUCCCUCUCAGAGGGCACCGAACUUAUACAUGGUCCCACAGGGGAUCAGGCCUGUGGUUCAGCUCACUGCUAUUGAGAUUCUAGCUUGGGGCCUAAGAAAUAUGAAAAACUACCAGAUGGCUUCUGUCACAUCCCCCAGUCUCGUGGUGGAGUGCGGAGGGGAAAGAGUAGAAUCGGUGGUGAUCAAAAACCUUAAGAAGACGCCCAACUUCCCAGGCUCUGUUCUCUUCAUGAAAGUGUUCUUACCCAAGGAAGAAUUGUACAUGCCUCCACUGGUGAUCAAGGUCAUCGACCACAGGCAGUUUGGGCGGAAGCCUGUGGUUGGCCAGUGCACCAUUGACCACCUGGACCGCUUCCGCUGUGAUCCGUACACAGGAAAGGAGGAUAUUGUGCCGCAACUAAAAGCCUCCCUUAUGUCUGCACCCCCGUGCCGGGAUGUCGUUAUUGAAAUAGAAGACAGCAAACCAUUACUGGCUUCUAAGCUAUCAGAAAAGGAGGAAGAAAUCGUGGACUGGUGGAGUAAAUUUUAUGCUUCCACGGGGGAGCAUGAAAAAUGUGGACAGUAUAUUCAGAAAGGCUAUUCCAAACUCAAGAUCUAUGACUGUGAACUGGAGGACGUAGCCGACUUUGAAGGCCUGACAGAUUUCUCGGAUACCUUCAAGUUGUACAGAGGCAAGUCCGAUGAGAAUGAAGAUCCAUCUGUGGUGGGAGAGUUUAAAGGCUCCUUCCGAAUCUAUCCCCUGCCGGAUGACCCCAGUGUGCUGGCCCCUCCCAGGCAGUUUCGAGAACUGCCUGACAGUGUCCCACAGGAAUGCACGGUUAGGAUUUACAUUGUUCAAGGCUUAGAGCUCCAGCCCCAGGACAACAAUGGCCUGUGUGACCCUUACAUAAAAAUCACCCUGGGCAAAAAAGUGAUUGAAGACCGAGACCACUACGUUCCCAACACUCUCAACCCAGUGUUUGGCAGAAUGUACGAACUCAGCUGCUACUUGCCUCAAGAAAAAGACCUGAAGAUCUCUGUCUACGACUACGACACCUUCACUCGAGACGAGAAGGUGGGGGAAACGAUCAUCGACCUGGAGAACCGCUUCCUCUCGCGCUUCGGGUCCCACUGCGGCAUUCCUGAGCAGUACUGUGUUUCUGGCGUAAACAUCUGGCGAGAUCAACUGAGACCAACGCAAUUGCUUCAAAAUGUAGCCAGAUUCAAAGGCUUCCCGCCACCGGUGCUCUCGGAAGAUGGAAGCAGAAUCAGAUACGGAGGUCGAGACUACCAUCUGGAUGAGUUUGAAGCCAACAAAAUCCUGCACCAGCACCUUGGGGCCCCCGAAGAACGUCUUGCCCUCCAUAUUCUCCGGAUGCAGGGCCUGGUCCCUGAGCAUGUGGAGACAAGGACUUUGCACAGCACCUUCCAGCCCAACAUUUCCCAGGGAAAACUUCAGAUGUGGGUAGAUGUCUUCCCCAAGAGUUUAGGACCACCAGGCCCCCCUUUCAACAUCACUCCCAGGAAAGCCAAGAAAUACUAUCUGCGUGUGAUCAUCUGGAAUACCAAGGACGUUAUACUAGAUGAGAAGAGCAUCACUGGAGAGGAGAUGAGUGACAUCUACGUUAAAGGCUGGAUUUCCGGCAGCGAAGAAAACAAACAGAAAACAGAUGUCCACUACAGGUCCUUGGAUGGUGAAGGCAAUUUUAACUGGAGAUUUGUUUUCCCGUUUGACUACCUCCCCGCUGAGCAGCUCUGUAUAGUCGCUAAAAAAGAGCAUUUCUGGAGCAUUGAUCAAACUGAAUUUCGGGUGCCCCCUCGACUGAUGAUUCAGAUAUGGGACAAUGACAAGUUCUCCCUGGAUGACUACUUGGGUUUUCUGGAACUUGACUUGCAUCACACAAUCAUCCCAGCCAAGUCAUCAGAGAAGUGCAAUUUGGACAUGAUUCCAGACCUCAAAGCUGUGGACCCUCUUAAAGCUAAGACUGCCUCACUGUUUGAGCAGAAGUCCAUGAAAGGAUGGUGGCCGUGCUUCGCAGACAAAGAUGGCUCCCGUGUGAUGGCUGGGAAAGUGGAGAUGACACUGGAGGUCCUCAACGAGAGGGAGGCAGACGAGAGGCCAGCCGGGAAAGGGCGGAGUGAACCCAACAUGAACCCCAAGCUUGACCCACCGAACCGACCGGAAACCUCCUUCCUCUGGUUCACGAACCCAUGCAAGACCGUGCGCUUCAUCGUAUGGCGCCGGUUCAAGUGGGUGAUCAUCGGGCUGCCUGCUGCUCAUUCUGCUGCUGUUCGUGGCUGUGCUCCUCUACUCCCUGCCGAACUAUUUAUCAAUGAAGAUCGUGAGGCCAAACGCAUAAUGAAAGCAAAGCCUUCAAUCACCCCAAUGAGGAACUCCUGCCUCAUACACCUAAGGGUGAUUUCAAGUCCAAGACUGCCUGAGGUGACUGCCCCAAGACACGUCAGCUCCGAGAGGGGCUAAAUCCCAGAAAGUCAGACAGCGGGCAACAUUUUUAACAUUUUAUCUUUUGAAGUAUUAAAAACUUUCUAUUUUCUAAAAUUUAAGCAUGUUUUCAGAGUAUUUUUAAGGUGGCUGGUUCCAUUUAAAACUGUCUUUUUAUGUUCUCUGCAUUCCAUGAUUCAAGUUUGGGAAAUGACCGAAAUGAAUUUGAAACGCCUUGUAUCUUAACAUCGCAUAUUUCCUAUUUGUAAUCAAGAGAAAAGACUGCACUACAAUGAUGGGGAGCACGGCUACCGCAGUUCUUAUCAGUGCCUGCCACCACUGAUGUGGUAUUUUGUCUGGACAAAUGCUCUGAGACUCCUUGCAACCUCAGUGAUGAGGGUAAAUAAAAAUAUCUCACUUUGUA